GAAGGAAGCAGCAAACAGGACAUUAAUCACCGGUGCUGCGUUCUGUUGGUGACAAGUAUGUUAUUGUUGGAUUGUACUGUGCGUCAUGGUGGCGUGGAGGUAGUCCAGGGUUGAAUUCAACACUCUUUAGACUGUUAUCCUUGUAGUGGACAUUGUCGUCAUGUAUUCGCCGGAGAAGAUGAUGAACGGGAAACCGUCACUGCACCCUCCGAUCAGCGCCCCGAGUUCCUGCUUCCCUGGCCGAUAUUCGCCCACCUACCGCUCGCCAGACCCCAUGAGGAGAUGCAUGCCUAACCCUUCGAGUCGAAUUCUAGAGGACGCUACCAUAAUGUGCAACUCCUGGUCUCCACGACACAAUGGCGAUAUAUUCAGCGGCCUCAACGACGGACUGCUGAGCCGUGCAGAAGCGCUCGCGGCGGUUGACAUCGGGAAGCACCAAGCCAGCUCCACUCCGGGUCUUCCCCAGCUCAAACACGACAUGAUGUAUCACCACAGCAUGGGGGCGCCGCACCCCGGAGCUCCGAACACAAGGCCCCACCAGAUGGCACAUCACGGCAUGGACGGUCUGGACAUGCUGGACCCAAUCUCCACGUCCACCAUGACCACCCUGGCCCCUAUGUCGGACAGUUCAGCGGGUGGCCACGGUGGCCACCACCCCCAGCUCCAUGGCCCCUCAGUGUAUGGACCGGCAGCCAUGAACAGUAUGAUGACUGGCCACCAUCACCACCACCAUCACGGGGGCCCACUGUCGGGGCACGGGCCCCCGGGGCACCACGGGCCGCACCAUCACCCCGCCCACCCAGCAGCGCACCACCCGGCCAUGGCCGCCGCAGCGGCCGCAGCAGCAGCAGCCGGUCUGCAUCCUGACUCCGACACCGACCCACGGGAACUAGAAGCCUUCGCCGAGCGGUUCAAGCAGCGGCGCAUCAAGUUGGGGGUGACGCAGGCCGACGUGGGUAAGGCGCUGGCGAACUUGAAGCUGCCCGGUGUGGGCGCGCUGUCCCAGUCUACCAUCUGCCGCUUCGAGUCCCUGACCCUGUCUCACAACAACAUGAUAGCCCUGAAGCCAAUUCUGCAAGCCUGGCUCGAAGAGGCAGAAGCGCAGGCAAAGAACAAGAGGCGAGACCCCGAUGCCCCCAGCGUUCUCCCCGCGGGCGAGAAGAAGCGAAAACGGACGUCCAUCGCGGCGCCGGAAAAGCGUUCUUUGGAGGCGUAUUUCGCCGUCCAGCCCAGACCUUCGGGAGAGAAGAUUGCCGCCAUAGCGGAGAAGUUAGACCUGAAGAAAAACGUGGUACGUGUGUGGUUUUGCAACCAGAGACAGAAGCAGAAACGCAUGAAGUUUGCGGCGCAGCACUGACAGGUGUCGGGAGGGGGGUCGCUAGCCCCUCCCUCCACCCCAAUUUCUGCCCACUGUAUAUAAAACUUAAACGCGCACCCCGGGACUCAAGAAGCAACAUUCCGUUCUAGUCAACUAGUCUUUAGUUGGUCGCACAGUCGAACCCAAGCGUGUGGCAACUCCGGUGAUGUCACGAACAGUGCAAUAUACAAAUUAGGCUUAUAAGGAGACAUGUCUCAAAUAAAUAUUGUACAUAUAAUAUUAAUAAUAAUUUAUAAUUGUGUAUAUAAAAUAUACACAGACAUUGUAACUCAUAGCUCAAUUCCAAUUUUUUUUUGUGAGCAGUAAAUGUGGGUAAGAUUCUAGUCAAAGCUUCUCUUUGUUGGGCAGGCUGUCAUAUACCUUGCUGUCACACUUUAUCCAAUUAGGGGAAAUCUGUCAUGAUUACUGAAAUACAUAUUGUUAAGCCUAGUUUUCGUCAUCAAAAAUAAUAUUGUGUGAAUUUGAGUACUACCCCGCUGAAGGGAACGGAAAUUGUAUUUCCUACUUUAAUUUCUCAUUUAAAUUUCGUGCGAAAAGUUCAUCCCCCUAAAUAAAGUUAAACAAGAAUUCCACUCUGUAAAGACAAUGGCGAUCAUAUUUCUAUUUCAGUUCGUUUAAAUAUUUUGGGAAGAAUAUAUCUUUCCGAAUUCAGAGAUAACCUCAGCCCUACGCCCCCUUUAAGACACUGGGAAGUUAUGUCUCGCUUGAAUUUCUUUUAUGAAUUUCCUUGUACUAAUAAUAUCCUUUCUAAAAAUAAUUCCCUUAUCGAUGACCUGGAGGAUAAAGUAGAGUUUUUUAUAUGCAAUUUGAGGGAAUUAUAUGUCCAAAGGCAUGCGAAUAAUCUGCUAAACAAAAUUUGGGAAUAAAAUGCAGCUUUGAAAGGGUCGAGUUGGCGAAAUCAGACUACAGAUUCUGAUAGUGUACGUGUGUGUAUGCGUUUAUAGUUCUUGUUCUCUGUAAGUAGAGCGCUUUGGAAUACAUAAAUUCGCCAUGAUUAAUGCAUUUAUUAAAUUAAAUACAAAAUUCUGAAGUCUUAAUCAGAAUGGAGGACGAUGACUGACAAAAAAGGUUUAUUUUAAAUGUGUAAGUACUUGGGAAAGUUAAAGAAAAUAUUUAUUUCAUAUAUCACCAUCAGCAUUACAUGUAUGAUUUCUCUUCUGUUACCUUGUUACAGAUAACCCAAGUUCAAGGUAACUGUGUUUCAUCAAAAUAAUUACGUAUUGUAGAAUUCCCAGGUGAUACCAAGCUCUGAGAGGCAUUCGUUAGGCAUAGGGAAAGGGGAUCGCUGUGGCAGGCGCAUUUGGGAAUUUGCCCUUCAGCUUAUUGUUCAAGAUAUUCGGACUAAAGUCCUUUCAGAGAGGUAGGCCUACUGCACAGAAGCUGGGUUUUAACCUGCAAGAUGUCACAUUUUAAGGAACUUUAUUUCUUAUUUUGGUAAUACAAUCUGAGUCGACCCUUGCCCAUACCCAAUGGAGACAAACUCCGUGAUUUACUGCUGAACAUUUCUAUGUGAAAUUCAGGCAGUCUCAAAUCGAAACCUCGCAUGAGUCCUUUUAUCCGCAAUGAGUUGCCCCAGGGAUUCCGUCUGUUCCUCAAGACAAGUGCUUGAGACAGUAUCGUAAAUCAGAGCUGGAGCGCAUUCAUUUUCAGUUCAUCGUUCAGAGAGUGUUCUACUGCUCAACAGCAAAUGCAGUACAUGAUUGAAAAGAAGGUUAAAUAAACCAAUAAUUAUCUUUUUUUUCAAUGUCUCUUCCAGACCAUUCAGA